AAAUAUCGCGUGUGUAUCACCAACCUCCAGCUCCCUCAUGGUACUUGUUGUUUGGGUUCGGACGAGUCUCUAAAUCACUUAAUGCCUGCAUCCUGAAAGUUUAUUCUUUUCGUCUAUUCAUGUUUGUGUUGUCUGCGGGCUUGCUCCGAGAUCGGGCUCACCCCGUGUCUUAUUUUGAUCUCCACUUUUAAGGUUGGCGGCAUGUAUAAAGGCAAGCCGGCACACUUAUACCAGCAUACUUCAAGGUCUGGAAGCAAAGAAGAUCAUCAGUCCAUUCUGCUCACACAGUAUCUAGCAAUGUCUAAAACCCAAAAUGAUCACUGGUCUUCAGAGGCCUAUCAGAAUUCAGCAUCGUUCGUGCCAAAAUUGGCUACGAAGAUUUUGCAAUGGCUUGAUCCUCAGUCUGACGAUGUGAUCCUGGACAUUGGUUGUGGAGAUGGUAUCAUUGACCUUCAAAUCGCCGCGGUGUUGGCUCAAGGUAGCGGUAAGGUCCACGGUACCGAUUCUUCGCGAUCAAUGAUAGAGUCAUCCCAAAAGGCAGCCGGCGAGGCCGGUGUGACACGGUGCACUUUCGAAGUUGUUGACGCACUUGAAAUAAUCAACACGCCUUCCCUUCAGCGGGGAACUUUCACGAAGGCUUUUUCCAAUGCUGCGAUGCACUGGAUCUUGCGCUGUCCUCAAUCCAGACGUGAGUCCUUUUUCCGUGGGAUUCGCGAGUCUCUCAAACCAGGCGGCACGUUUGCUUUUGAGAUGGGCGGCCUAGGGAACGUCUCGGAGAUGCGCGCUGGACUGCUCAUGGGCGUCGCCCGGCGAGUAGGGAUGGCAAGGGCAUUGGAGGCAGACCCCUGGUUCUUUCCGGACGAGGACUGGGUCACGGAGAUCCUGGAGAAGACCGUGGGCGGAUGGAAGGUUGAAAGGGUGGAGAGGGAGUGGAGGCCCACGCCUGCGGACAAGGGUGGCGUUGACGGUUGGGUGCGGCUGAUGGGCAAACAGUUCUUCGAGGCUAUUAAUGAUGGGAAGGAGAGAGAGGAAUGUGUGAGAGAGGUGGUGCAAGUCUUAGAGGAGGUCUGUCGCAACCCCUCCGGUGGGUUCAUGUUUAGCUAUGUCAGGUUGAGAGUGCUUGCUAGGAAAAUCUGAGUUGAAGCGUGGCGAGAGAGGCCGGGUUUACCAAAAUCGUGCACAUUGCAGUGCAAAGAAGACUGAAAAUGGAUGCGAUGACCAUUGCGUUGAUCAUUGCCUUUGACAAAUGGAUCUCGCCAGAGCUCAAACGAGUACCUCUCCGACAAGUCUGCAACUUUACUGAUAGCAAGUCUGCUGACAUACUAGAAGAACUUUCAUGAAUAGGUCUUCGUCAUUAUCUUGUUCUCAUAGAACGCGAAAUGCAACAAAUGUUCGGGUGAUGUUGAAACCUGAGCCAUCCCUUGCAACAGUAAGACAGGAUAUUUGUUCAAAAACAGGGAGCAUCAUGUUCUGGAGUACCUAAAGAAUGUAUGUGCGCGAGGUUAGUAAGUUUAGAGCGAUAAUUCAAUAGUGC